CGGAACACGGGUGGGGAGGCAGGGCGUGUAUAGGUGUGAAUUGGGAGUCAACGGUGAAUAGUCGAAGACUAUUGUUUGGCGGGCGGGGCCAAACACCUCAAUAACCAAUCAGAGGUCAGAGGGGGUGUGUCUUUAUCUGUGAUCUCUCGUUGGUAUCUGAGGCGUAGAGCACAGAUAAUGUUUUGAUGCUAACCGGAACGUUAGCUUCCAGGUAUCGAACUGAGCAGCUUGACUUUCCUUUCCGUUUCUGGCAGUUUUGGAGAGGAGGAAUGACGAACUUACUGCUGAGGGUGUUGCUGUCUGCAGCAGUGGCCUGGCAGACCAUCACAGCUGGAUCAGGCUGUGAGGGAACAGAAUGUGGAAAUAUUAAAGUGUCCAGGAGGCCUGAUCAACACAGUGAAUUCCUGAACCAGUUUAAUGAAAUGAAUCCAACCGCUGACCGCCAGCACCGCGACCCUGGAGCUGUGUUACCUUUUAUUGGGCUCACUGGAAGUGCGAAGCAAAGUCGCAGCUGCUGUAAGAACGGGGGAACCUGCAUACUUGGAAGUUUCUGCGCCUGUCCGAAACAUUUUAGCGGGCGAAGCUGCGAACACGACGAACGUGCCAGGAAUUGUGGGGUCAUUCCACAUGGAGAAUGGGUACAGAAAGGCUGCUCCUACUGCAGAUGUGGAUAUGGAGUAUUGCAUUGCUUCCCAGAAGUCUUUCAUGGUGAUUGCGACGACUCUCAGGAAGUGCGCUGGUUUCGUUCGAAUGCUACAAGAACACUAUUGACCAAGUUUUUCCUGUGCCUGGCAUUGCUUCUUUCAUUUCUCUUCUGAAGACUCUCUAUUUUUACUAUGUUCAGUGUGCUUGGCUCAGUUUUGCUCAGGAAAAACAUCUUACCAGACCGACUACAAAAGAAGAUUUUAAAGGAGAUUUAUAUGUGUAUUUUUCUCGUUUACCGCAGAUGUUUCAACAGUUCUGCAUACUUCAAUGGUUGAGAUGUGUCAUUCGUACUGGUUUGAUGUGAAAUGGUUCAUUGUAGGGGAACUAGACGAUCUGAUUUCUUUACAGUGGUGCUGAUAGGAACCAGGGGUCGCCAUGUCUACAACACAGAAAUAGUUGGUUUAUUUACUGUCUGAAACCUUUAGUGAACCUGACUCUUCUGAGUUUUGAUAUAUGAUGUUGAUAAUGGUAAAAUGUUUUCUCUGGGGGCUAUUUUGCAUCAAUACGGCAUGCCUGUACCCCUCUGCCAUUAAGGUCAUUUUUAAAGUUUUAACUGAUUUUUUUUUAACCUAUUUUAAAACAAUGUCUCAGGUGUGUAAC